CCCGGCAUCCUGAGGAGAGAUCAUGGAAACCUUGGCCGAGCCUCGGUGGCCUCCAGGCCUGGCAGUGAUGAAGAGAAUAGAUGAUUUACUUCGAUGUGGAAUUUGCUUUGAAUAUUUUAACAUUGCAAUGAUUAUUCCUCAGUGUUCACAUAACUAUUGUUCUCUCUGUAUAAGAAAAUUUCUAUCUUAUAAAACUCAGUGUCCAACUUGUUGUGUGACAGUCACAGAGCCAGACCUGAAAAAUAAUCGCAUACUAGAUGAACUGGUAAAAAGCUUGAAUUUUGCACGGAAUCAUUUGUUGCAGUUUGCUUUAGAAUCACCACCCAUAUCUCCUGCUUCUUCCUCUUCUAAGAAACUUGCUGUCAAAGUACAUACUCCUGGAGGUUACCGACAUUCUUUAAAGCAGGGGAGCAGAUUAAUGGACAAUUUCUUGGUUAGAGAAACUAAUGGUUCUACAUCAGAGUUGUCAAUGAAAGAAAAUGACAUUAAAUUCAGCCCUCAGAAAGAGGCAAGCACUUCUCUGGAGACUAAAGCAGCAUGUUUUAUGGGAAAGACAGCCCUUGGCUUCUCAGAUACUAAUGGUCAUGAGAUACCCUCUACGUCCACUUUGAAGCAAGUUUCUAAAGUGGAUUGUCCUGUUUGCGGGGUUAGCAUUCUAGAAAACCACAUCAAUAAACACUUAGACAGCUGUUUAUCACGUGAAGAGAAGAAGGAAAGCCUCAGAAGUUUUGUUAACAAAAGGAAGCCACUGCCCAAAACGGUGUAUAACUUGCUCUCUGAUCGUGAUUUAAAGAAAAAACUAAAACAGCAUGGAUUGUCUACUCAAGGAAAUAAACAGCAGCUUAUUAAAAGGCAUCAAGAAUUUGUGCACAUGUACAAUGCCCAAUGUGAUGCUUUGCAUCCUAAAUCAGCUGCUGAAAUAGUCCAGGAACUUGAAAACAUGGAAAAGACCAGGAUGCGUCUUGAAGCAAGUAAACUCAACGAAAGUGUAAUGGUUUUUACGAAGGACCAAACAGAAAAGGAAAUAGAUGAAAUUCACAGUAAAUAUCGUAAAACGUAUCAGAAUGAAUUUCGGCUUCUGGUGGAUCAGGCAAAAAAAGGAUACAAGAAAACUGAUGGAAUGCCAAAAAACAAAGUAAUGAAAAAAGAUGAAUCUACAGAAAAGCUGUUAUCCAUGCAUAUGGGACAGGAAGAUGAUAAAAUGAAAUUCUCAGAUACAACCUCAAUAAGAAAUCACUUUCCUCCAUCAAAUCUAUGCUCCCCAGAAAAAGUGAAGCCUGUUCGACAAGAUGAUUCUUCUAGUUGUACUGAUAUUCAGGAAUCGGCUCUUUAUUCAUCGGAAUCAGGUUCAUGCAAUAGUUCCAGUUCAGACAUCAUAAGAGAUCUUCUGGAAGAAGAGGAAGCCUGGGAAGCAUCACAUAAAAAUGAUCUUCAAGACAUAGAAAUAAGCCCAAGACAGAAUCGCCGCACAAGAGCAGAUGAAAGUGCUGAGAUUGAACCAAGAAACAAGCGUAAUAGGAAUUAGUGUGGGCUGUUGCUGAUUUUUUAAUUCAGUGAUCAGAGUGUGGUACUUUUUAUUGCCAUAUAUGGAUUUCAUAUUUAUAAAUGUCCAAGGGAAGAUGUUAAUUCCUAAAUGUUAUGGUUAACUGAUUUCUAGUCUCUUCCGCCUUUCCAGAAAAAGUUAAGCAUCCUCACUUGUCAGUUGCCUUCUGCCUCUAAAACAUUUCUCCUUAAAAACACUAUCCACAUGUUCACCAGCUUUGCAGAGUGGGUAAACUAUUUGGGAAAAGGAUUUUGUUUGGUUUCUAAAUUUCAAAAUGUCCUUACACCAUCCUCUUUUUCUUCCAUGGACACCAACUUCACAAAAGGAUUCUUUUCUGCCUAUUUACUAUAACAAGCACUUGAGUGUCUGUAUUUUGUCCUAAUUCACAUUCUUGUUGUGUGUAAGUACCCGAUGCCGUUAUAUCAGCACACCCAUGACAGCAAUUCAUGAUAGUUAUUUUCUAAGUUGAAUGUACUUAUUUGUUAAACUUGUGUUUUACACAUUACUCAGAAUAGGAUUAUAAUUAAAAGUCACAAAGUUAGUAUUAUAAUUUUUUAAAAGUUACAAAGUUAGUAUUAUAAUUUAAAGUCACAAAGCCACAAUAACUUUGAAACAUUGAGCUUAUUCUUCUGAAUGGCUCUUAAAAAAGAUUAUUGUUAGUAUUUUUUCAGUUGAGUUGAUCAAAUCUCCAACAUUUUGAAUCCCAGCCAUUUAAUGAAAAGUAUGUAAUGAAUGUAUUUUGUUAAUGAA